AUGAGCGGCUGGGUUGAUAGUUUACAGUCUUUGAGUAAUAACUUUGAUAUUUGCAUUUUGGGAGAAGAUGGAUCCGGGAAAUCAUCCUUAGUAUAUUACUAUGUUCAUGGUCGACUUCCAGAUGAUAUAGAUCCUAGUUUCGAAAAUAUGUAUACGAAAAUUAUACGGUUCGAGUCUAGUUAUGCUGAAGUCUCUAUUUUCGACACAUCAAGUUCCAAUGAUUUCCUGUCUAGUCGGAAGCAACAACUUGCAAAUGCUGAAUCAAUAAUGUUAACUUAUGCUAUUGAUAACCGAAGUUCAUUCGAAUUACUACACGAUAUAUAUGAAAGGUUAGAGAGUUUACUUGCUGAAAAAGUCCCAAUAUCACUAGUGGGGUUAAAAUGUGACCACGAUUCAGAAAGACUUGUACCCAUGGAAGAUGCAUUAGAAUUUGCACAAGCGAUAGGCGCCGUUAGUCAUUGUGAAUGCAGUGCUGUGAAUGCGAUAGGGAUAGAUGAAGCAUUUCUAACUUUAGUGGAUAUAGCUAUUCGUAACAGAAGGAAAUCAAGAGACUGUUCCUCUACUUCAACAAAUUCUGAUUUAGGCAGUAGAUCGACAAAGUCAAAGAUUGAGAGUACAAAUGAAUCGAAUAACACAGACAUAUUUAGCACGAAAUCUGAACCGAGCAUGGAAGGGGCAGAGACAGUACAUUCGCAUGCCAAGAAAUUGACCCCUAUAUCUUCACAUGAUGAUAUCCCCUCACGCUCAGAGAUUUUGGGAAGUUGCCAAACUGCGAAAUUAAUUAUCCAACAGGAAUCAGAUGCAGCUCGAUGCAAGGAAUCUUCGGCCAUAAGACCGAAAAAAGUGCGAACUGCAGAUUCGCAAUCAAAUAUUGAAACGAGUAAUGAAAGAAAUAAAUGUUGUGUAAUCACAUAA